UUAUCCCAACGAAAUGUAUACAUAAAACGGACAUCAUCAGACAUAGCACAACUUGUAACUAAACUAUAUGUAUUUCUAACGCGCAUGUUUUUUUUGGCAUUCUUGGCCUGCUUCACCUUCGGUACCCCGGAGCAGAUGAAGACAAAACAAAACGACACAACAGACAACGGGUACAGGUAUGCCCGAAGGGCCCUUGCGAAUCUAAAAUUGUGUGACUGCUGGACGCCUAAUUAGCGCCCGGUCUUCUGCCAGAGGCCCAAGCAUUGAUGGUGAAGGGCAACUUGAAGCGAACGAGGGAGGACCAAGAUCCUGAUGACGGUCAGCACGAACACCGCACACACGCUCGACGCUGUUUCCUUACAUCACUCCAAUUAUUUUCAGAGCAGAUACCAACCCACCGGAACAAAAUUUUAAGGCAUAAUGAUCGACCUUCAGCUUCCGUUGCAAUUGACAGCGCUGUUGAAAAAGAUACCAAAAGCGAUGAUGUUGAAAUUGUAGAUUCUCGUCCACACACUUUACGUCCAGCACCGCUGGGCGGCACCCACGGAAAUACUAUCAACUCUUUGCUUGACCUAACUUCUUUGUGCUCUCAGGACGACAUAUCUGCACGCUUUGACUCCAUAUCAAGCGCUUUAUUGUCUGAAUAUUAUCUUUCAGUCAUUCAUGGCGGCUCUCAGACGGACUAUGAAAUCCUCGAACUAGAAUUCUACUUCCAGAAGUCAGCCUGUCACGAGGACCCAUUCACCCAUGGAAGUGCAGAGCAGGAGCGCAGCGGGCAGUGGUAUUUUCAUCGUGCACCAAAACGCUCAAACACAUCCCAAGCCAAUCUUGCUGCCACUGUAGCAGGAGGUUAUCGGGGCGGCACCCGUAAAGGCCUUGAUUUGACAUUUGGUGGUCCCGUAUGCACUCAAGCGUCUUCUAGCAUGGAGCCUUACAUCACAUCAGCAAUAUUGCGAGGCGGUGCUCUUCUGCGCACCAUACGUCGAUAUCAUGACCAAAAGGUCAUCUCAGGACCCUCACUUCUCGUCGAUGAGAUUUUGCGCGUGUGCAGUGCUUCGAACAUCAACGAGCUUGUGUCUGCUAAAUGGCAAGGCGACAUUUCUGCCCUCUCAGCCCCGAGCCAACCAAGAAGCAUUUAUAUGUACUUGCGCAAGCGACCUGCAUCGAGCCUUGCGACUUCGCCCGUGUUCCGUUCUCCACGCAUUGGACUUGAUCUUUCUAACCCAGAAACCAAAGCCAGCCCAACACAUCCACGAGUUAUCUUUGUCGGCAAAUUGUAUCGGUACUUCACUUAUCCAGAGCUCCUCGUUAUCAACGGACGCACGCAAACAUUCGUAGGACUAUACCUGGCUCUUGUCGAAGGAAAGGAGUACGAGCCUGGCUCACUCAAGUUCCGCAACGAACUGAACAAGCUGACGGGGAUCAAGGACACGACUCUUGCCAAGUAUUUUUCGGACUAUCAGCUCGGAUACGAGAAAGGGAAGUUGGCAAACUUCGUUGGGGCUCAUGGAAAAGGUGUCUUAGCGUCGGCGUCUGCAUAUCUUAGGAUGAUGGGUACGCUCGCAAUGGUCCUGCACGAGGCUCCAUGAAACGAUUGUAUAUAUUCAGGUACCUUAAAAGGAGAAUAUGUUAAAUAAAUAAUGAAUGAACGGGAUUGGGCCACAUGCUAAAACAACAUGCUC